AAUUUGGAAAUGUCUCGAGACAAAGUCAACUAUUGAAAAUUAUGUCAGAUUUAGAAGUUGAUAGUACUUCAAAAUCAUUGGUAGCUUCUUGGUUUGGGGUAAACACUUUUACCGAAACUACGGAGAACGAUUUAGAAGAAAAAAAUGAUAUUGCAGUCAACUCUGGAAAAACAUCAAAAAAAAAGGGGAAAAAAGAAAAUGAUGGAGAUGGAAAAGUGGCAAAGUCCAGCAAAACCAAACAUGUGCCAUUUGAAUCCAGCAAGAAUGGUUUACAGGUGUUCACUUUGGGUUUACCACGGAAGAAAACGAUGUCUGGUUUUGUUGGUGAAAAACUAAAGAAAAAGCUGACCAAAUUAAAACAUAGACAAGUAAAUAUUGAGAAAGAAGAAAAAGAGAAAACAAUUCUCAAGGAUGACAGUUUAGAAGAAAAAUAUCAGAAAAGAAAGACAAAGAAAAAGAUGAGGUCAUCAAAUGAUGAAGAACCUUGUUCCAAAAUAAAGAUGGUUGAGAACUUAAAGAAAAAACAAACAUCAAUGGACAUUGUGUACACUACAGAGGCUUUGAGAAAGAUAUUAAAUGAAAAAAAUAAUCUUACAAAAAAUCAAAAGAAAAAUCUCAAGAAAAAGCUGCAUAAAUUUAUUAUGAAAGAGAAAAUUGGGAAGAAUGGUUUCAAGGCAUCUAGUAAUAUGGAUGCUAAAACAGAUAAACCUCUGAUCACUGAAAAAGGGAACAAGGGAAAACAACUUGAAAAUGAUGAAAAAAUAAAUAAAGUCAGAGGAAUAUUUGAAAAAAGAAAAAACGUAUUGAAACCAACUGAUGAAGAAGGUUCUUCUGCAGAUAUUAGCAACAAUAUUAAUAAGAGAAAGAAAAAAGUCUCAAUUGGAAGUGAUGAAAAUCAGUCUGGAACUGUGCCUAAAAAGAAAAUGAAGAAAAGAAAAAAGAUCCUUUCAGAUUUAAAUGAUACAACAGUUUUAGACAUGUCUAUAACUGCGGAAAUCCCAGAAAUUCAGACACCAAGGAAAAAGUUAAAGCAUACCAAAAGUUGCUGUGAAUUUUCAACAGACCAGACAGAAUUGAAACAAAACAAACAUGGGUUAAAAAGAAAGUGUGAGAAAGAAAUUUACUCAUUGACAAGUGACAUAGAACAAAUUGAUGAUGAAAAGAAAGUGAAAAGCAAAGAUAGAAUAAAUAAUGAAUUGAAUUCCAAAGCUUCAUUGAGUGAAUCCUUAAAUACUACAGAUAAUACAAAUGAAGUUUAUAAUUUGAAAUUACACAGAAAGAGGAAAAAAAUGAAAGAUCAGGAAAACAAUCUGCAAAAUGGAUGUGAAGUUAGAAAUGACAUAAAUAACCAUGGAAUGGUUAAUAAUCAAGAUGGAGAAGAAAUAAUUAGAACAACAAACAAUGAAUAUAAAGAUAAUAGUAAACAUGAAAAGAGUAAACACAAGUUAACAGACAUAACAUGUUCAGAGAAAACAACCAGUCAAGAUGAGAAGUAUAGUAUUGAUAAAAAAGGCAGUUACAUAAUAAAAGAGGAAGAGGAAUAUUAUAUACCAAAGAAAAGAAAAAAACAUAAAACAAGAAGUAAACAGAAGAAUAUCAGGAAAGAUCACAGACCAGAACACAUGAAACCAGCUCAUUUGCAGAUGUUGAAAAGGGAUGAAGACAAACAAAAUAAUUAAAACUUUAUCAUAACAAUUUUUCAUUUGAAUUAAAGAUGUGAGGUAUAUACAUGUUACAGUGAAUUUGUAAAAUCAGGGAUUUUGUAAAAUCCCUGAAAUUUCAGGAGUUUUGUAAAAUCACUGAACUAAUCUGUGAUUUUAUAAAAUCCCUGAUUUUGACAAGGGAUUUUACAAAAUCCCUGAAAUAAUACAAGUUCCUAUUUGAUUUACAAGGUUAGCAGUUUUCAAAUAACUGAGGCAAAAUUAAAAUGCAAUAUAUGGAAACGGGGAAAAAUAUGAGGAAAACUUAACUGUACUUUUCAUGAAUUAAAUAUGUCAAUCAAAUAGUGGCGCUUUCUAUGACAAAAUUUCUCUAAUUUUAAGAAAAUUAUCUCAUGGAUCGGACUUUUUAGUUGGAUUUGAUUUAAUGAUAGAUCAUCAUCGGCGUACAUGUAAAUGAAUUGUUGCCAUGAUACUUUCAUAAUGGUUUAACAGAUCGGGAACACUACCUUAUAUGGAUAUGCAUAAAUUAGCAUAAUAAUGUCCACCCAAAUAUAAUUGUUUAUUUACGUA